UUCUCUCUCUAGAAUCUUCUACGUAUAAAUACUUUUUAUCCGCAUUGAAUCCAUACCAAUCCAAACUCCAUUUUUUGUCCGUCGUUACACAACUAACAACCCAUCAAAUCAAAAUCCCUUUAAUUAAGAACAACCGCCAUGGAAUUUUUUCACCACGCUAAGGCCGUCCGGCUGAAGAACUCCCACGGCAAGUACCUGACGGCGGAGGAAGACGAGGAGUCCGUCACCCAGGGCCGCAGCGGGUCUUCCAAGGCCGCCAAAUGGACCGUCGAAUUCGUGGAGAACUCCGACGACAUCAUCCGCCUCAAGAGCUGCUACGGCAAGUACCUGACGGCGUCGAACCAGCCGUUUCUCCUCGGGAUGACGGGGCGGAAGGUUCUGCAGACUCUCCCCAAGCGGCUCGACAGCUCCGUCGAGUGGGAGCCGGUGAAGGAGAGAGGCGCCGUUAAGCUGAAGACGAGGUACGGCCAGUAUCUCAGGGCGAACGGCGGUCUGCCGCCGUGGAGGAACUCGGUGACCCACGAUACCGAGUGGGUUCUCUGGGAGGUCCACGUGGUCGAGAUUGUGGUGGCCCAGUCACCGACUGGAAAAACGCCGCCGCCGCCGCCUGUGAUGGUGAAGGAAGAUUCUUUUUCUUCGGCACAGUUACCGACGAGAAAAACACCGCCGCCGACGCUGCCGCAGCCACCGCCGCCUGUGAUGGUGAAGGAAGAUUCUUUUUCUUCGGCGCAGUCCACCUCUCCGGCUAGGAGCCAAUCUUCUCACUCCUCCAGCUUUUCCAGACAAGAGUCGAUCGACUCUUUAGUCAGCUCGCCUCCAAAAGGCGGCAGUAGCAGAAGGGUAUCGCCCCCAAAGGGCAGCAAUGGAAGGAUAAUUUAUUUCCAUAUAGCAAAUGAAGACGGAAAAUAUGACGAAGGUUUUGAAGAGCUCUCAAUUACAUUCAAGGGCAAUGGAUUGAAUGAAUUGAAAAGCAAAUUGGAGGUCGAAUUGGGAAUUUACGGUAUUACUUUGUGCGCUCGAAGUCCGUUGAAUAACGGAAAACUUUAUCCUCUCCGUCUGCAGCUUCCUCCUAAUAAUGUCGACAUGCACGUCGUUGUGGUUCCACCUUCAUCACAAGAAGGUGAAGAUUCGGAGUAAUCAAGAAUGCCCCGAUUGGAAUAAUUCAGAAAUCGCAGCAAUUUUGCUCAACCGUCGAAGCAGCUGCACGUUUUUUUUUUCACCAAAAAAAAACAUAUAUACCCAUAAAGCAUUUGUAUAUACGAUCGCGUGAUAGGAGUAGAUACUGUUAUAUUAUUUCUUGUUAGGUUCCUACAUCAUAUAUUCUUCACAUUCUUUGUUCUUUUGUUCUUCCUUGUUUAAACUGAUUUUUUGUC